AUGGCCGAAACUGCUAAAGCGCUUUUCAAGGAGAUCGCACCAGCCCAUAAACAGCCACACGGUAAGGUGACCGUGGUGGGUGUUGGCCAAGUGGGUAUGGCUUGCGCCUACAGUAUACUUCAGCAGGUUAGUGACGCUAUUUUAGGUUAA